AGAAAUGGGAUCUUUAUAUCGUCAGUCAAUGGUUCGUUAUCAUCUAGUUCUUCCAUUUGCCUUGGCGUAUUUAAAACGUCUUUCAUAUUAACAUUUUCUACAGCAUCUUGCAGUCUUUCUUGAGCUGCAACCUUUCUGUCGAUUGUAUCAUCUGAACACCCUUCCUCAUCUCCCGUUGACGAUGGCGAAAGACUGUAAAAUUUAACACUGUGUCAAUUCCAUAUAGGAGUGCUGUGAAAUCCUGGGAAUCAACGGACUCAAACAACAACAAAAUUUAGUUGUGAAAAAGCCAAGGUACGGCCUUUUCUUGAACUACAUACGAGCUUUUACUCUUUUAGGCUUAUAGGGCACUGUAUGAACCCAGCUAACCGGGAACCUCAGCUAGAUGAGAUCCAUGCAUGCCCUUUGUUCAAUUUGUCUGCAUAUGAGAAACGAGCCAGCACGGCUACUUGAGAUCUAACCUUGUGUUCCGUGCGUGGGGGUCUGAGCCAAGUGGAAUAGAACUUUCCAUAUGAAGGUUUUAUCCAACCUGAGCUGGAUGGAUUCCAUGCCGAUUUUGAGCAAUAAUCCCCGAGCCAACGGCGUGGCGCGCAUUUCCGGGCGUAAGCCCGGGGCGAGGGUACUAAUUCCGCCCGCCUAUUUACACCCGGGGAAAGGAAAGCAUUAGCGAAGUCUAAAGUUCAUCAAUGAUCGCGGGCGCAUGUUGUAUGGAUGGUCAUCUCACUGAUCUCAAAAUAUGGCUGUUUGCCAGGAGUGAAGAAGGCAAAAAUAUAAAAAAUACAUGUAAGAAAGCUUGGAAAAUCGUUUCACAUAAAUCACGUAAAACUUUUUUUCAAUUUUUAAUGGUAAACAAUUAUAAGAAUUGAUUUAGUAUGAGAAAUCUUGAAGUAUAGGGCAAGUUUGUUUCAAUUGUUUAUGUAUGACUUUGUAUUAAAUUAAUAUAGACUUUGUUCUUGUUGUUCAAGUCUUUCCUAUGCAUUGUAUGCGAAAGCUUCUUAGUUAAAUUAACAUUUGUAGAAGUUCAUGAUAAAAAGGAAAGCAAAUUAUUUUCGUAAGCGUGCUGUACGAAUUAAAUUUAUUUCAUUUCAAAGUGCAAGUAAUAAGUUGAAGCACAUGUUGAAGAGUUUAAUAUCGGCAAAAAGCAGUUAAUUUCAAUUCACAUUUAAAGGACAUUGGCAACGAAAAUUUUUAUUGGCUAUUUCAAUCCUACUUGACAACCGAACUAUGAAAAUAUUAUCAUUUCCUUCUUAAAUAUUUUAGUCCACGAGUAAAAUGCAUGCAAACUUUGUGUUUCGGCCAGUUUCGCCGCCAUCUUGGAAAAUAUUUUUGAAAAAUUAUCUCGAAGGUCAAUGAACUUCGUGACGUCAUUGGUAGCACCAAAACUACAAGAGAGAAUUCUAUUGCGUGCGUGUUAUGUUAGCUAAAAAUAUGUCGUUUUGAGCGUUAUACUGGCCAACACUCUUCGCAAUAAAACAAGAGAAGUCUACACUAUCAGAUAAAAACAUAUCGAGCGACUGGGAAAGCAAGAAAUGGCGCAAUUUACAAUGCAAGUAAUUGAUCAUAAAAUAUUGCAUUAGUAUUUGCCUUUUUACACUCGAAUUUCUGCGCUUAUUUAACACGGAGUAGGAUAUAUACUAUGAGAAAUAGUGUUACAAACAAGUUACAUACUUGGUAAAACUUUUCUGUCUUUUGUUUUGGCUCAAAAUGCACUACGCGUGGUAAUACACGGUAUUGUUUAUAGUCAUGAGAUUGUGUUUACCCAGCCAAUGACGUCAGAUAAUGUAUUUUGUGGCAUAAAUUCGCAUACGCGCUUACUUUCAAAAUGGCGGACAACUGUUCAAAUUUUCUCAAAUUCAAUCAAAUUUUCUCAGCAACUAAACGCGACAAACCGGCCAAAAUAUGAAAUUAAAUAUUCCGUAAGUAUACCUAAUAGAUAUAAGUAAUAAAAAUUUUGGUUGCCAAUGUCCUUUAAAAACGUUAUACGUAGAGCUUCGUUUUGAAUUUUACAUUAAAAUAAAGCCCAUAGAAAAGAAAAUAAUAUACCUACUUUAUGUAUUUUAGAAAUUAAUAGUUCUGUAUUUAAAAGUGUUCAAGUUUCAUUAUAGGCUUGCAAAAAAUUAAAAAAACAAUUAUCGUGUUGCCAUGACUAACAUGACGUGAACAACGCGAGCCUGCGUUCAGUGUCGGCGUAAUUACGAAUACUUCAUGUUGAGACAAUGUUUGGAAAAUAUAGGCGAGGGGUUGUUGCAUGCAUGUAUUUCUCGUAUAGUUAGUGUAAUGAACGGCAUAGUUACUAUUAAAGUCGUAAUACAAGGUACAGUUUCUUUAAUUACAACAAAAAAAAACCCGAAAUGUUGUUGGAGAUUAACAUCGAUCCAAGAACAUCAAUCGCCUCAUGAUCGUACGCUGUACGUGAAACACUGUGUAGCGACAAAAUAAAAUUUCAAGAUUGAAAUUUGUUGUUUUUGUUUUUGCUCUACUGAUUUAUUGGAUUGGUGUUGAGCACUCUAGUACAUAUACAUAUAUAUAUAUAUAUAUAUAUAUAUAUAUAUAUAUAUAUAUAUAUAUAUAUAUAUAUAUAUAUAUAUAUAUAUAUAUAUAUAUAUAUAUAUAUAUAUAUAUAUAUAUAUAGAUAGAUAGAUAGAUAGUACAAUCUGCAGACAUGCAUGUGCAUCAUCAGUGCAGCUUGGUACACAUCUAGACACGGAAUGACCUUCGUAUUGAUAUACAUGGCACUUGCUCUCCCAAGCGUAUGUGGUACAACACGAACCAUCAACGCAUCUAGACAUGCGCAGAGUGACAUGGGGCCAGAGUGCUCAAACAAGCACGAGGGAAGUGAGCUUUGCAUUAUUGCUAAUGGACACCCAAUUAACUCCACAGAGUGCUUUUCACAAAGUGAUUUUCGGAAAGGUCCUGAACUAAAUAAACUAUUUUAGAAGGAAGACAUGCAUAUACUACAUAACUAUGAAAAAUAUUAAAAAAUUAUACGAGGGAAAGUUCAAAGAUUGCUAAAAAAGUUUCUCUUAAAUGUAGAAAUAUUAGUAGAUAGUUUUAUCUUUCUGUCCAAGUUGUUCCAGUCUGUUAUGGGCUGAUAAGCGAGUCUUUGCUUUCCCCAAUUCCUUGACACUUUAGGUGGCCUUAAAUUGUCCUUAUAUCGCGUAUUGUAGUUGUGUAUUUCUCUGUUCGCUAGAAGUUCAAAUCUAUGUGAGGUAUGAUUAUUUAGACACUUAAAAAUAAAUAAACAUCUAUGAUACAGUCUGCGUUGUUCAAGAGUGGUCCAGCCUAAAUUGUCUAAUGCUUCUGUUACCGAUGAAAAAAAUGGUCUAUCUAAAACAAUCUUGGCGGCUUUGUUCUGGAGUAUCUGAAGAUUGUUCAUUAACACUAUAUUACCUUUGUCUCCCCAUAUAACACCCGCAUAGUCAAAGAUUGGGAGUACGAGACUGUUAUAAAAAAGGAUUCGUGCAUUAAAUGGUAGCAGGUGUUUAAUCCUACGAAGUAGACCUAGGCGUUGAUUGACUUUAGCGGAAAUGCGAUCUAUAUGUUCUGACCAGGUGAAGUUGGCUGUGAUGGUGACUCCUAAGUACUUGAAAUUGCUGGCGUUGGAGACUUCAGUAUUGUUGACAGAGACAGAUAUCGAAGAUAUAUUACAUAACUUCCUAUCACUGCCUAUUAUCAUUGAUCGAGUUUUAUUUAAAUUCAGUGUCAGCUUAUUCUCAUUUAAUUAAAUUAAUUAACCAAAUCGCUAACUUAAGUAAAUCUUCAUUAAGAUUUUUUUCAAGAUCAUUGACAUCCGAGGCGUAGCAAUAUAAGACUGUGUCGUCGGCAUACAAGGCAACAUUGCAUUUAUUUAUAACACUGGGCAGAUCGUUUAGGUACACGAGAAAGAGAAGUGGGCCCAAAGAGUAGGCAAGACCGAGAUACGAUAGUUUGUAGGAUUGGAACGUUCACCUGAUUUAAAUAGGGCCAUGAUCUUAGCACAUUUCCAAAUCUUUGGGAAAUGGUUGCUCUUGAUGGAAAGAUUAAGUAACCUUGUUACAGACUUUCUGAUUGAACAAGACGCACAUUUUAAGAGUCUUGCGCUUAUUUUGUCCAAACCGAUAGCUUUGUUGGUUUUCAAAGUCUGGAGUUGUGCAAGAACAUAGGAUUCUUGUUCUUCUUCGAGCUCAAACAUUGUUUUCGAGACAGGAGUGGGAUAUAUAUAUAUAUAUAUAUAUAUAUAUAUAUAUAUAUAUAUAUAUAUAUAUAUAUAUAUAUAUAUAUAUAUAUAUAUAUAUAUAUAUAUAUAAUUAAGUUUUUGGUUUACGAAACACAAACAGUGCUCAAUACCAUAUAGAGCGUAAUAUAGUUUUUCGUUUUACCUCAAAAAAACCCACAACAGUCUGUUUCAUCCGUAUAGGAACCAACAGGUGGUGAGUAAUUUCGAAAUUAUAGGUUGCUUUUAUGCUCUCGAAAGAAUGCGCGGAAUGCGUGUAGGCGAAACAAUGCUUAGGCGAGACAAUUAAUGCUUAGGCGAAACAGUGCUUUGGCGAAACAAUGCUUGGGUCAUAAAAUUUUGUUAACGACCUUGUUUACUCGAAACCGAUUUUUGUGACGACACUUGCCGAAAAUUUCGCUUCUUUUAUUGAGUAAAUUGUCUGUGUUUAUGUCUUUCAAAAUGCAAAAUGUUUCUUCCAAACAUAAAUUGAAGCGUUUUAAUCAUUCCCGGUUUCAAUCAUUUCUGUUUUCAUCAUUCCUGGUUUUAAUUUAUUAUUAAAGAACCGUAGCUCUGAUGUGCAUGGAGGUGUUGGACUAUACGUUCCAUCCGGUUUAAGGCACUGACUGACAUCUACCACCCUGAGCUUGAGGUGCUAUGGACAUACGUCAAACCCGCGCGACUUCCCAGAGGUAUCCCUUGUAUAGUAUUUGGAACUGUGUAUCACACCCACUAUCCUCUAGGUGCCAGUGACAAUGCGAUGUUGGAUUACCUCGCUUCAUCGCUGAUAACUAUCGAAGGACGUUACCCUGGUUGUGGCAUAUUGCUUACUAGUGACUUUAAUCGUUUGACUUAAGUCGUCUCCUUAGGCAAUUCAAGCUAAAACAACUCGUCCAUGGUCCAACAAGAGGUGAGCGGAUUCUCGACCUCAUUAUUACGAACAUGCCUCAACUGUAUGAGAAGAACUCGGUUCAAAGCUUUCCACCUUUCGGGUUGUCGGACCACUCAGUGUUAUUGUUACAGCCUAAAUCAAGAACCGUACGAAGUUGCACCAGUCGUUUCGUGACUCGGAGGGAUACUCGAUUGAGCCGAAGACUGGAACUUGGGAGGUAUCUUAGCUCGAUUGACUGGUCGAUUGUUGAUUCCAUCAUUGGAUGUGAAAACUAGUUACUACUCUUUGAAGAUCUGGUUAAAAAUGGUGUCGAUAUUCUCAUGCCACUAAAGUCUGUUAAACUUCACGUCAACGACGCUCCCUGGGUCACGAGGUUAAAAAUAUUUCGGGGAUGGUCCCUGCAACGUCGAAUGUUGAUAUUCGCUCGCAGCAUCACAUUGACGGCAUUGAUGGAAAGUCAAAUAAGUAUAUUGCAGAUCUUAUUACCACCUCUCUCCUCGAACCCAUGCAAGCAUACCAACUACUUGCCUGUCUUCCUCCAUUCGACGAAAAAUCCGAGGUAUUAAAGCUUGAUGUUUAUUCUGUGUAUUCGAGAUUACUAACGUUAAACCCCCGCAAAGAGUGUGAUCCGGACGAGAUUCCUAACUGACUACUUACAGAAUAUGCAGAAUUUCUUGCAAACCCAGUUUGUAACAUCUUAAAUAGUUCAUUUGAGGAACAAGCGCUUCCAGCAUCAUGGAAAUAUGCCAAUAUCACACCACUGUCUAAGACGAAACCGGUUUCAAUAAUUGCCAAUCAUAUAAGACCCAUCUCGCUAACAUCAGUUCUAUCGAAGUUAGCUGAGGACUUUAUCGUUAAGAAUUAUGUUGGACCUGCUGUUCUUGAAAUCAUCGAUUCCAAUCACUUUGGUGCCAUCCUUAAGUCGUCUACUACUCAGGCUCUUAUAUGCAUGAUGUAUGUGUGCACUUCUGCCACUGAUGGAACAGGUGCAGCAGUGAUGAUCAUAUUGCUAGACUAUAAAAAAGCCUAAUUUGAUCUGAUCGACCACCGCAUUCUAGUUGACAAAGUCCUUUCCCUUCGAAUACCAUGUGGUGUAGCUCGCUGGGUGUGUGAUUUCCUAUCAAACAGAUUCCAACGUGUAAAGUUGUCAAAUGAUUGUUUCUCUGAAUGGGGUGCUGUUCCAUCUUGUGUCCAUCAGGGAACUAAGCUAGGACCCUGGUUGUGCUUGUUAAUGAUCAAUGACCUCAAUCCAUCUGAAGCGCAUGCUUGGAAGUAUGUAGAUGACACCGCGUUAGCUGAAGUUGUUCCACGGAAUGGCGAAACCUUUAUUCAGAACGCCGUUUCUGAUGUCGAGAGGUGGUCUAAUUUCAACACGCUCCAACUGAAUGCUGACAAGUGUAAAUGGUCAUCGACUUUAAGAGACAAAAACAAAAGUUUGACGCAAUCACAAUCACCUCCAAAGAACUCGAACAGAGCAGUGCCAAGGUGUUAGGAGUUAUCAUAUCCAGUUCACUCCAAUGGGUUGACCAUGUUAACGAAGUAAUCAAGAAAGCGAAUAAACGUUUCUAUUUCUUGAUCUUGCUCCAGCGUGCUGACGUUCCUGCUUGUGAUAUUGUCAAUUUCUACUGCACUGUUAUUAGACCGGUUCUCGAGUAUUGUGCUCCUGUUUUCCAUCAUGCUCUCCCUGUAUACUUAUGUGAUGACCUUGAGCGCAUUCAAAAGCAUGCGCUGUCCAUAAUAUCUCCGGGGUUAUCAUAUACGGACAAUCUUAGGAAAUUGAAUAUCAGUUCCUUGAGAGACAGAAGACUGAAACUGUGUAAGAAACUAUUUCAGUCAGUUAUAUCUGAUACCGAGCACAAACUUCACCAUCUUGUGGUAUCCCAAGAAUAUCUCAGCAUAUAAUCUGAGAGGACAGCGACCUUUUGACUGUCCGACCACACGAACAAAUCGUUUUAGGAACACAUUUGUCGUUUCUAUGACAAAGGAGUAGUUUAAAAGGAUAUUGGUGGGGUUGAUAUGACUUCCACCACCAUUUCCGUUGCCUCGCGUUAACCUUUUGCUUUUAUGCAUGUUUUGGGGUUUUUUAGUUGUGCUUAUAACCUUGCUUGCUCGCCUUCGUGGUCUUUCCGUACGCUUGAUCAAGUUAAUUGACCAUUUGCGUAAUAGACUAAAUUUUGAUCAAAACAAGUCUAGACAAAAAUUUCAUCACAGCUUGAAAGAGCAUCACAAAAUUUUACAACAUUUCGCAACGAAACUUUGGAAUAUUACUAAUUUUGUGAUGCUCUUUCAAGCUGUGAUGAAAUUUUUGUUGAGAUCAAAAUUUAGUCUAUUACGCAAAUGGUCAAUUGAUUGGGUAGCCCAGACUUGAGAGCCAUAGGAUAGCUAGUUGGGAACGGACAAGGGACAAAUAUAGGGUGCAACGAACGGAGAUAGUUUUUAUGUCAAGUGUUGCUCUUCUUAUAUAUCCUAACAUCUUACUUUUCUUGUGUGCAUUGACAUUCAACAUGUUUUGACCAGGUAAGGUUAGAUGUAAUCCACACUCCCAAAUCACGUUCAAACUCGGUGCUUCCUAAGACAUUGUUAUGAAGGCUUGUACGGGUAUUCUAUCUUCUACUUUCGGGUAAUUCUUAGAAUUUUGCACUUUUCAGCGUUAAGUUGACAUUGCUGGAGCACACUUCAAAGUUGGUAAGGUCUUCCUGUAGCGAGGAUGCAUCGGAUAUGGAGCUUAUGGUUCUGAAGAUCUUCGUAUCAUCUGCAAAGGUGGCGAUAGUUGAAUUAUUCACGGUGUUGUGGAGGUGGUUUUCGUACAAUAGGUACAACAAUGGGCCAAGUAUCGAACCUUGCGGCACUCCAGAUGUCACGGCUAAAGGUCUUGAUGUUGCUCCAUGAACCGUUGUUUGCUGACGACGAUUACUGAGAUACGAUGAGAACCAGUUCAGGAUGUUUCCCCGAAACCCAAAUUAGCGUAGUCGAUGAAGAAGCUUAGUAUGGCUUCUUUUAUCGAAUGCCUUCGACAUAUUUAAAUAAAUCACGUCUAUUUGUUCGCCAUUGUCCAAUUUGCACCCUAUCUGUUCAAAUACUUCAAUAAGUUGCGUAACGCACGAUUUUCCUAUCCGUGUUGACAAACGUUGAUUUGUUGGAAUACUUGAUGUUUGAUGUUAUUAAAGACGCAACGUUCGAGUACUUUAAAGAUAAGUGAAAGCAAUGAGAUUGGUCGAUAGUUCUCUACGUAGGAUUUCUCACCUCGCUUAUGCACAGGUACGACAUUAGCUAAUUUCCAAUCAUCAGGAAGAAUGCCACAGCGUAAUGAUUUGUUGAAGAGUGCGCAAAGUGAAGGAGCGUUCUGGAACGCAGUUUCUGUCAGUAGUCGCGCAGGAACUCCAUCGGGGCCGUGAGCUUUGUUGUUAUCCAAAUUUCUCUAAUGUUAUGUCUUCCAAUAUAAUGUCAGUUUCCGUAUGUUCUUGUUGUCGUUCGUGAUCAAUAUCGGAGUUAUGCGUAAAGAUAGAGGCGGAAUAUGUGUUGAAUAUAUUUUCAAGUUCUACGGCGUUAUUGGCAGAAGUUCUUUCAGUGUUGCUCACUUUCAUGUAAACUUUUUCUGGAAUAUUCGAUACUUUAGUUUUUGUAUUAAAAAAUGUCCAAAAACGUUUGGGAUUUAAUCCACGAACGAACAAAUUGAGUUGAUGUACUCUAGUUGACUUUCAC